GACUAAACCUGGAGGUGGGAGGGAGGACCUGGGUGGCAAAACAUGGCGAAAUAACAAGUUUCGCCCUUUCUCCGCAGGUAGAAACUGCGCUGGACUGCGUUUAGUUGUAUUUAUGAUCACAUUUGCACUCGGGGCGGCGGUAAACUUGCAGAAGAGGGCCAGAUAAGUGCUGCGGCGGCUGGCCAGGACACAGUGGCCGCCUGUGUUUUCCCCGGAAGGCUGGCGGUGCUGGGCGCGACUGUCAACACGGAUGAAAUAAAAGAGCGAAAGUUUAUUCUGGAAAAGGAAAAAUCUUAGCCGCGGCCGCGCGCACCUGAGGCGGUUCGGACGCGGGCGCGCGCGCUGGCAGAACCUGACGGAUCAUUUCAAGUCGCGGGGAAGAGUUUGGACAACUGCGCACGCAAGGGGGGAGCCGUGUGCUUGUUCUGUAUUUAUUUAUUCACCAGUCCUUUUCACAGCUCGUAAUUCUUCCAGGGAAAUAGGGCUCAUAAUGCCAGCCUGAGGCUCGGUUCUGGUGCUGUGCGGACCGACCCGGACGCCAUCACAUCAGACGUUGCGUUGCAGAGCCGUGACUGCUGUUUUUCUACUUUUAUUGGCACAACGAGGACUAUCCCAGUGGGACAUUAGACGUUUAGUUUUCUUUUCCUCGGCGUGCGUCAUUUACGCAAAUGUCUCGUCAGAAUAAACGCAGCAAGGUGGAGGUGCGUUUAGGUUUGUUGUGAUGGCUGCCUAACAGCGACGGAAACAGCUCUCUCAAAUAUCUACACUGCAUUCCUUUCAUUUAGUGCGUAGUUUUUGUUUGUUUUAAACCUGAUAUUUAAUUGUUGGGAGGAAACAUUAUAUCCGUCGGCCAGGUUGACGUGGGCUAGCCAGCUGGGAGCGUCUGUGCCAGCUCGGACAUGGAUCUGCUCGUCUAGGAUUUAUCCCAGAAAGCCGGUUUACUGUACAAUCUGCAUACAAUAAGCCAUUCUAAACUGAAAAGCAGCCCCGAAGUUGUACUUGUUACGUCACAAGUUUCUGCAAGUAUGUCUGAAAACGCCCCCACACGAAGCCUGGACGACAUCGACCUCGCAGCUCUGCGGGAUCCGGCAGGAAUCUUUGAGCUGGUCGAGGUUGUUGGCAAUGGCACAUAUGGACAAGUGUACAAGGGGCGUCACGUGAAGACAGGCCAACUGGCCGCCAUCAAGGUGAUGGAUGUCACAGAGGAGGAAGAGGAGGAGAUCAAAGCAGAAAUCAACAUGCUGAAGAAAUACAGCCACCACCGCAACAUAGCCACGUAUUACGGUGCCUUUGUCAAGAAGAGUCCACCAGGACACGAUGAUCAACUCUGGCUGGUGAUGGAGUUUUGCGGCGCGGGAUCAGUGACCGACCUGGUGAAAAACACCAAAGGCAGCUCUCUGAAGGAGGACUGGAUUGCUUACAUCUGCAGAGAGAUCCUGAGGGGCCUUGCUCACCUCCAUGCCCAUAAAGUGAUCCACAGAGACAUCAAAGGCCAGAACGUGCUGCUGACGGAGAAUGCAGAGGUCAAGCUUGUUGAUUUUGGGGUAAGUGCUCAGCUGGACAGGACUGUUGGACGGAGGAACACCUUCAUUGGAACUCCUUACUGGAUGGCACCAGAGGUCAUUGCCUGCGAUGAGAACCCUGACUCCACCUAUGACUACAGGAGUGACAUUUGGUCCUUGGGGAUAACGGCCAUUGAGAUGGCAGAGGGAGCUCCUCCCUUAUGUGACAUGCAUCCAAUGAGGGCCCUCUUUCUGAUUCCUAGGAACUCCCCACCGAAACUUAAAUCCAAAAAAUGGUCCAAGAAGUUUUUUGACUUUAUAGAGGGUUGUCUUGUGAAGACGUACGCCAGUCGACCAUCCACAGAGCAGCUGCUCAAGCAUUCGUUCAUUAGGGACCAGCCCACUGAACGCCAGGUCCGAAUUCAGCUAAAAGACCACAUUGACCGAACACGCAAGAAGAGGGGAGAGAAAGAAGAGACAGAAUACGAGUACAGUGGAAGUGAUGAAGAGGAUGAAAAUCGUAGAGAUGAUCGAGAGUCAAGUUCAAUAGUGAAUGUACCUGGGGAGUCCACCCUGAGGCGGGACUUCCAGCGGCUGCAGCAGGAAAACAAUGAGCGCACACAAGAGGCUCACAAGAAGCUGCAAGCCCAACUGGCGGCUCAGCGCCGGGACCCCGAGGAGCACAAGAGGCAGCUGUUGCACGACCGACAGAAACGCAUAGAAGAGCAGAAGGAACAGCGCCGUCGACUUGAAGAGCAACAGAGGAAAGAGCGAGAGAUGGUGAGGCAGCAAGAAAAAGGUCCCCAUCGGAGACUUGACGAUAUGAGACGGGAGGAAGAUCGAAGGAUGGCAGAAAGGGAGCAGGAGUUUAUCAGGCAUAAGUUAGAAGAAGAGCAGCGACAGUUAGAAAUCCUUCAGCAGCAGCUGCUUCAGGAGCAGGCACUGCUCAUGGAGUAUAAGCGUAAACAGCUGGAGGAGCAGCGUCAGUCGGAGCGGCUGCAGCGGCAGCUCCAGCAGGAGCAUGCCUACCUGGUCUCCCUGCAACAGCAGCAGCAAGAAAAGAAGCCGCAACUUUAUCACUACAACAAAAACCUAGAGCCCAACAACAAGCCCACGUGGGCCCGCGAGGUGGAGGAGCGAAGUAAACUCAACAGACAGGGUUCACCCAAGAUCUGCACUACGGUCUCUGAUACUGCCAUCCAGUCGAGGUCUGACUCCAUCAGCCAGUCAGGAGUGGUCCAGUCUGCACAGACUCCGCCGAUGCAGAGGCCCGUUGAACCCCAGGGGGGGCAGGGCAAGUUCCAGAUGGCUCACUUGGUCCCGCUGAAGCCUUACGCUGCUCCCGUCCCUCGCUCCCAGUCCCUCUGUGACCAGCCCACUAAGAACAUGUCCGCCUUCCCCACCCAGGACCCCUCCCUCACCCCCGCUCCCCGGCCCGUCCACUCCAGGGAGCUCGUGCGGCAGAACUCGGACCCCACCUCUGAAACUCCAGCGCCGCAGGUGCAUCAGAUCAGGGAGGAUCGUGGCCCCUGGAUCCGCCUGCCAGAUGUCGAACUCCCACCGAAGGUUCCCCAGAGAACCGCAUCUAUUGCAACUGCUCUGAACACCAACCUGCACUCUGGCAUCAGGCAUCCAGUCAGGGCCAGCAAUCCAGAUCUCAGCCGCAAUGAUCGCUGGGAGAGAGGAGACAGUAUGAGCAUCAUGUCCAAUCUGCCUCAGACGGGUUCUCUGGAGAGGCAUCGCAUCCUCAGCUCCUCCAAAAUGGAUUCCCCUAUUCUGUCUCACGAAAGCCGUCAUAAGCCUGGGGAGUCUCGGACCUCCUCUCGCCCCGGUCGCCCCGCUAGUUACAAGAGGGCUAUAGGGGAGGACCACGGCCUCUACGCCAAGGAGCGCGCAGAGGAACCACCAAGGCUCCCGGUCAAGGCCAAUGACUACCCGCCCUCCUCUUCGGAAAGCAGCGAAAGCAGUGACGAAAGUGAGAGUGGCGACGGCCCGGAGGAGGACGAAAGCCCAACAGAUCGUCACAGGGAUGCAGAUACUGAUUCGGUCAACACGAUGGUGGUGCACGAAGAUGAAGCUGAGGUGGGAGAAGGAGAACAAGCUGGAGUGUACGGAGAUCAGACCAUGCUGGUGCAGAGAACCCCAGAGAAGAGGAGCCAUAAUGGAUACACCAACCUGCCAGAUGUGGUGCAGCCCUCCCACUCCCCCACUGAUUCAGCCUCUCACUCCUCUCCGGGGAAAGACUCUGUUUAUGAUUAUCAGUCCAGAGGGUUGGUGAAGGCAACUGGCAAGUCUUCCUUCACCACCUUUGUGGAUCUUCGCAUGUACCAGUCACCAGGAGGUACGGGAGACAACAUGUCUCUAAACGGCUCCCGGUUUGAACAGCUGAAGAUGGAGGUGAGGAAGGGAUCCAUGGUGAACGUCAAUCCCACCAACACGCGUCCUCCUAAUGACACUCCGGAGAUCCGCAAGUACAAGAAGAAGUUCAACUCGGAGAUCUUGUGUGCUGCACUUUGGGGUGUGAAUCUGCUGGUGGGCACAGAGAACGGCCUGAAGCUGCUGGACCGCAGCGGCCAGGGAAAGGUUUACCCCCUCAUCAACUCCCGCAGGUUCCAACAGAUGGACGUCCUCGAGGGCCUCAACCUGCUCAUCACCAUAUCAGGCAAGAAGAACAAGGUGCGUGUCUACUAUCUGGCGUGGCUGAGGAAUAAGAUCCUCCACAACGACCCCGAGGUGGAGAAGAAGCAAGGUUGGACCACGGUGGGGGAGAUGGAGGGCUGCGUGCACUACAAAGUUGUGAAAUACGAGAGGAUAAAGUUCCUGGUCAUCGCUCUGAAGAACGCGGUGGAGGUUUAUGCCUGGGCGCCCAAACCUUAUCAUAAAUUCAUGGCCUUCAAGUCUUUUGCAGACUUGCCCCACAGGCCUGUCCUGGUGGACCUGACGGUGGAGGAAGGCCAGAGGCUGAAAGUCAUCUAUGGUUCCUGUGCCGGUUUCCACGCCAUUGACGUGGACUCGGGCAACAAUUAUGACAUUUACAUCCCCGUUCAUAUCCAAAGCCAUAUUAUUCCACAUGCCAUCGUGUUCCUUCCCAACUCGGAUGGGAUGGAGAUGCUGCUGUGCUACGAGGACGAAGGCGUCUACGUUAACACCUAUGGACGCAUUAUUAAGGACGUUGUCCUGCAGUGGGGCGAGAUGCCCACGUCUGUCGCUCAUAUCUGCUCGAACCAGAUCAUGGGCUGGGGAGAGAAGGCCAUCGAGAUCCGUUCGGUGGAGACGGGCCACUUGGACGGUGUCUUCAUGCACAAACGAGCUCAGAGGCUGAAGUUCCUUUGUGAGAGAAAUGAUAAGGUGUUCUUUGCCUCGGUGCGUUCUGGAGGAAGCAGCCAGGUCUACUUCAUGACCCUGAACAGAAACUGCAUCAUGAACUGGUGAAGGAACCGCGGCUCGGGGUCAGUGAGUGCGGAGCCCGGCAGGGCCCGAAGAACCAAGUGCACCCCAAAUUCUUGCAAAUGCAUGCACGCAAAUGUGAACAUCAGUCUCUCCUCCUCUACCGCUCACUCGCGCCCAAACACUCGUACUGCAGAGAUAAACACACGGCCUCAAACAACAAACACUACAUCCACAGCCGGUCUCGAUAUCCACCUCAGCCUACACUCCUUAAGAUGCAGUGCCUACAGAGGCCCCCCCCCCCCCACGACGUUCUGCCCAGAAUCAUCAUGCAGAAUCGCUGACGAGCUUCAAAUGUCAAUAGCGUGUAUUAAUUUGAACUGUGUAUAUAUUCUUGCUCGGUUUCAUUUUCUUGGUGGACCUGUGUUCAGUUAUAACUAUUUAGUUCAUAAUUGUGAAGUAUGGUAACAUUCCACAAUGGCUCUACAGUACAUUUAACGGAAACUUUAUGUCAGAAUAAAUGUGUAAAUAGGUAGCACAUGGGGCUUAGAUGGAAAUCAUUUGCAGGCGUCUCCUGCAGCGACUGUUCACAGGGAUGUUGGAUGAUAAAUGCUGGAGCUCCCAUCUGCUGUGGCGCCGCAGCGGCCUCGGGUAGCUGGCCUGAGUUUCUUUUAGUUAAAUACUCCAUCCUGAAGCCCUAUUUCCUCCACUUUUUUUUUUUUUGUGGCCCAAAUGGCCAAUGAUGUAAAUCUUAAACAUGACAAAUAGAUCGUCAGAGCUGCAAAAGCAAAAUAAAUUUCAAUUUGAAAGAAGAAAUGAUAAAAACAUCCUGAACGUUUAGAAUCAGUGCAGUGAAAUCGCCUGCUUUGCUUUCCUCAACGAAACCAUGAAUUAUAUCAUGUUAGACAUUGAAAUCUCUUGUUUUCAUAGAUUUAUAAAAUACACAAAUUUGAUAUUUAAAUGUAGUGACAAUGUAUUGGUAUUAGCCUACUGUUUUUCUGUUUCCUCCUUUUGUUUUUUUAAUGUCUGCCAUCACAUGGCAGUAUAUAAUCUUGUCUCUGAAGAGGAGAGUUCAUGUGUUUUAGUGGUAGGCAGCAUAAUUACAGCUUUAGAGGGUGACGGAGGAUGAUUUAUUCAUCAAGGAGAAUAUAAGAGAAACAAAAGAGGGGGGGUGCUUCAUCACGGUGAUCUACUCUACUGUAAUAUACUUUUUGUGCUUAGACUAUUUUGUUAGUGUAAAUCUUUGUGUGAGAUGUGUUCUUGUUUCAGGAGUUGCAGCAGAACCGCGCUGUGUAAGAUAUCUGUAGGUCAUUUUCACUUUGGGCUGGCAGAAAGACUUAACUUAACCACAGAGAACCGUCUUAUCAGGCUCUCCAGAAAAACAUGGCUGCAGCUCAUGGGACUUGUAUAUUUUACAUCUUUACAUUCUGCCAAAAUUCAGAAUAUUUAUCAACGUGUGCAGCAAAGCCAAAGGAAGCUGAGCUUAGAGGCUGUAAAGGUGGAACAAAACAAUCCCCACAGAUGACUGACUAACUAAUAUAUCAGAUGAGAUUGAUGGAGCUGAUUGUCAGUGCGACAGGAUGGCGGCCCAAACAGCAGGUUUUAUUCACGAUCUGGGGAAAUAUCGUUGAUUAUGUUUUUUAUGUUCAUCAGUGGGGAUGCAGCUCAUUUUCUGUGGCUCCCAGUACAUAAAGCCCUUGGAAGUUGUGAGAGGAAUCUUGGCCGGUGAUCUGUGGGGAUUUUCUGCUAAAGCUUGGCCUCUAAGCUAAGAAAAUGCGUUUCAUAAAGGAAGCUUAUUAAGACUGCAGCAAAUGUUCAGGGCUGAGAGCGUCAAGACAAAGAUUAAAGAGAUAAAUGGUUCAUUUUACAGCCAGAUUAUGAAACUGUAAAUGGUCACGGAAAGCACUUUCACUUCAGUAAACAUAUAUUUCAAACUGAGACUUUAGUGUGCAUGUAAGCCAUUGAGAUAGAUUAUAAAGUACUGUAUCAAACCUUCUUUCCCCCUCAAGCGAAUGUGUUUUUGGUUUUAGAUCUUUAAUGUGCCACGACCUGCAGUACCGACUUCUCAAAUACAAUCCACCAGGAGCGCUCGCUCGGUUGUUUUUUUUUUUUUUGGUCAAUCUGUUGUGUUUACAGUUUAAGCAGUGCCUUGGUUGGGAAGUUUGGAGGCCAAGAGUUUUUAGGAAGGGUUUUGAGCCCCCCCAAUACCCUUUCCCCAAUUGUCUCUUACUUAAAAUAACUUGAAAAGGAGGCACAACAAUUUGCUCUCUUGUUAUCAUAAUUAACAUUUGGUGCCAGUUAAGUGCACUUAAAUAAAAUCCUGAAAAUCCCUUAGCUGAACUGACGAUGCCUUUUUCAGCGCUACAUACAACCUAACAUGAGAAAUGGACAGGUAUCCAGUCAGAGUGGCAAUAAUAAGUUAUUACAGGUUGAUUUAAUUUGUUGGUGGACUUGCAACAGGAACCAGCAGAGAGAAAGCCAUGUGUAUGAAAUGAAAUGAAAUGAAAUGAGAUAUAUAUAUAUAUAUAUAUAUAUAUAUAUAUAUAUAUAUAUAUAUAUAUAUAUAUAUAUAUAGGUACAGAGUGAAUAUUUAGCUUUGUAGGGCACUAAUUAGAAUAAGCGCUUAUUCUUAAAUGAUGUGUGGUCUUGUAGUGAGAAGAGUAGCUGGAUAUAUUCUAAAAAAGCCUAUUUUAUAAAAAUGUAAAUUAGUCUAUAUUGAGAAAUAAAAGUGAAUGUACAUCUAUAAGAAAGGUAUUUAUAUAAAAAUAUGUUCCAAACUAUUAAUAUAAGCACAAUGUACUUCAAGAAAGAACGAUCAAAGCUAUAACCGAGUGUAACGGAAAUGGAUUUUCUUUUUUCCUUUCUUCCUUUAUUAAUCUAUCAGUCAUCCAACUUGUUGGCGUGAAAUCAGUAGUAGUUGUAGAUCAGCAGAUACUUGGCUGCUGUGUGAACAUGGAUGGUGUCAAGUAGUGCUGCUUUAAUGUCGCAUCAUCCAGACAGAAAUACCGUCGUUAGCAGAAAAGAGGCCACGGUCUUCACGUCUGGGGCUGACGUGCUGUCACUAUUCUCAGGUGAGCAUCAUAAAGGCAGUGCAGGGGUGUCUUUAAGAGCCUUGAACUGGUGUUUUGUAAUGUCUCAGCUUUGGAAAUUACAUUAAAAAAAUAACAGCUAAUAAAAUAUUCAUUACUAAACUAACAAACUGGAGAAAUCUGCAAUUAAUAGUCGGCAACCAAAGUUAUUUUACACAUCGAAGUGUGUUCAUGGGUGUCACGGCACAUCUGAGGAGAUGUUUAGUCUGAUAAAAGGUUUCAUAUCUCACUUGAGUUGACAUCCAUUGGUCCUGAAAAAUACAAGCCUUAAAAUGGGAAAAGGAAAAAUACACGUUUAAGUUGCUACAGAGCCUGAAACACGCAUCGUGCAUGGAGCUUUGAUAUGUAAAACCUGUGGGUGCUUGUUGAAGCUAAAAUAUGUAGGAAUACCACAUCUGACCACAUGGGGGCGUAUAGGUCUAUGGUGUUGACAGAAAAACCCCUAACAACACUGCACUUUGUUGUGUUUUACCAGAAAGUGACAGAUGAGCUCCUUGUGAUCGCCCCCUGUGGCCAGAACUGGUAUUGCUACAUCAAGUAGCUUUAACAGAAAAUUUUUCUAAAAAUACAGACAAUUACGGUUGCGUGGUCAGAUAUGGAGUUCAAUUCUUUAAAAAAUGUGGAAGCAACAUGUUAUCUACAAAAAAACUAGAUCAAAAUAAGGCAGCAGCAUAAUUUAUAAUUAAUAAUUAUGCACUUGAAAUCUUAAUAAUUUCAAGUGCAUAACUGUUAAGUUCACAAGUAUGAACAGUAAAUCUACUGCAAAAGGUUAAUUUAGUGCAAGUUAGUAAAAGUAAUCUAGUUAACCAAUCUUGAGCACCAGAAAUCAGCGCGCCAGUGUGGACGGUGGAUGAUGUUUGUUCGUUUCCCCUAAAAGCACAUUAGGAUAUAAAAGUGCCGUUUAUUUUUGCCCCCGGGGCCUUAAAAGGACCUGGACCUCACAACUCGAUAUCUUUUCGUUACAAGAUCUGCGUCAUUGUUGAGCGUACGAUUCUCUGAUCCAUUUCCGAACAACUUGGAUGCGAGUUCAUCAUCAGAGAGGCACCGUUGACUUUGUGCUGAGAGACGACGACAAAGCUUCUGUUUUCUAAGCAAUACAAGUAUGUGAACCCUUCCGAACCCUGACUGUCCAUGUCUGUGUGGCUUGCAGGUAGUGUGACUCUCCAGUGGCCUUUGGCAGACUAAAUGUAGGCUGGUUCGUGUCUUACAAAGUCCUUCUCUACUUCUGUGUGUAAUCACCCGAAAUACCUGCUUCUCUCUGUCAGCCUCACCUGCUGAGAUGAAAUCUGUCUGCCUUCAUGACCCGGACAGAAAAGCACUUCUCUGUCUCAGCUUCUACUCUGUCACGCUGAUGCACCAGCAGCGGUAGCUGUUUGUGAAGCAGAUCAAAACUUGGGAAGCUAAACAUCGUCAGGGUUUAGGGUAGAAGUAUAAAUCACAUCAUACUUUCUCAAUAACAAGGUUGUUUGUUUUUUUUAUUUGCUCUUUUUUUUUU